GCUGAUCACCCUGCACAUGAUUCUACCAAAACCAGCCAAAAAAAUCAACCUCCUCAGCCUAGUGAAAAUUCUCAAACACCAUUUUGCCCUAUUCCUCCUCCACUUCUACCACCACAACCGGUGGAGGAGACAAAUAUCUCACCACGUCCGUUGAUAUCAAACAUGGCAAUAUUAGAAAAUACAAAAUCUCCACCAAAAACAGUUCAACUACCAAAUAUUAUACCAACUGUAACGACCAACAUGAGUUCCACCUCAUCACCAAGCCGCCCAACAGGUGGAAAACAUCAUGUAUUCCGCGGAAUACGAAGCAGAAGUGGGAAAUGGGUGUCUGAAAUUCGAGAGCCACGUAAAACUACAAGAAUAUGGCUAGGAACUUACCCUACUCCUGAGAUGGCUGCUGCCGCAUACGACGUCGCCGCAUUGGCUCUAAAAGGCGGCGACGCUGUAAUAAAUUUUCCUGGUAACCUCACUUCGUAUCCUUCACUUCCUCCUUCACCGUCUCCGGCGGAUAUAAGAAAAGCAGCCGCCAGUGCGGCGGCGCUGAUGAAGCCACAAAAUGGAGAAGGCACAAUGCCGACUCAACCAGGUAAUGAUGAUCAAUCUUCUGGAAAUGCACAGAUGAUUUCAACUGGUGGGCAUGAAUAUAUUGAUGAAGAGGCAUUAUUUGAUAUGCCUAAUUUUCUGGUAGAUAUGGCGGAGGCAAUGAUGGUGAGCCCGCCGAGAAUGAACUCGCCGCCGUCAUUCGAAUCACCGGGAAAUUCUGAUGCAGAAAGUCUUUGGAGCUAUUAAACAAAAUUCAUGGAUUUAAUUUCUUCUUAUUACAACUUAUUUGAGAUAGCACAAAAGGACCAUAAACAUAGAAUGCAUGUUAUACAUGUAUCUAGAUCAAUCACUUAAAAAAAAGAUUUUUCUAUGUGAAAAGGGAAUUUUAGAAAUAACGAAGGUUAGUCGUCUAGGGUUUUUUGUUUGUGAGCAAAAAUGGAGUAGUUUUUUGUACUCCAUAAGAUUUUUUUACUGUUCCACUUGAGCCUUUUUCUUGAUCCAUUUCUAAACAUCGAUCUCUACAGACUACAGAGUAAAGUUAUGGAGAUGUGGCAAAUAGGGUUUUGGUCAACUUUGAACGAGGAAUGAAAAAGCCUCCCUGAAAUGAUAAUGGUUUGUAAAGUCUUUCCAUAUU